AUGGCUUGCUCAGUCUGUAUUUUCAUUGCUGGUUGCAAUGAUUGUAGAAUUGCUUGAAUGUAUAAAGCUAUGUGCUUCUUACUGUAAGUAUCAACAUGCAUCUUUCAAUUAAAUUUUUAUCCAAGAAUUUGUGUCGAUAUACACUUGACUAUAAAAUAUACCACUGCUGAACUUGCGUAUGAGUUGGAUUCAUGAUUCAUGACACAUAGGAUGCAUAAUAGGUGACUAAUCUAGUCUUGUCAGGCUACUAGUGCAUUUAAGUUCCUGUCUACUUCGUAUUCUUGAUGAUGUAUUUUAGAUAAGUAUCAAAGAGAUAAGGAAGGCAAGAUCUAAUUGCUGCCAUUGAGUGGUGUCUACUAUUUCCAAAACAUCGAGGCGUGAAAAAAAGCAGACAAUCAAUGUUGACUCCCAGAUGUCUGUGUGCUUAGGUAUACUGCAUGCAUGGAAGUGGAUCGCAUGUUUAACAAAAGCAAGUGUACUCGUGGAGCUGUAAAUACUUAUAUUUGCUGUUCCAGAGCACGUAUGAUGAAUUAAGGUAUUUAUCUAGUACAGACUAAGAUAUAUUUUGUCAAGAUUCACCAAUAUGACCUGUUUGAUGUGGCUACUGAAGAAAAUUGGCAGAUCUGAGCGUUCGAAUUCUCUUGAACAUUCUGAUUGAACAAAUCAAGAUGGCUCACAAUUUAACGCCGAGCGUCAAUUGCUCACUAGAUGAUAUAGACCUCAAUGCUUUAAAGGAUCCAGCAGGCAUAUUUGAGCUAAUAGAAGUUGUUGGUAACGGUACUUACGGGCAGGUGUAUAAGGGUCGACAUACAAAGACUGGUCAGUUAGCUGCUAUCAAGGUUAUGGAUGUUACUGAAGAUGAAGAGGAGGAGAUCAAACUGGAGAUUAAUGUACUCAAAAGAUAUUCAAACCAUAGAAAUAUAGCUACUUACUAUGGUGCCUUCGUCAAGAAAUCUCCACCUGGCAAAGACGACCAACUCUGGCUUGUGAUGGAGUACUGCGGUGCAGGUUCUGUUACAGACCUUGUUAAAUCAACUAAAGGUCAAAGCCUGAAAGAGGAAUGGAUCGCUUAUAUCUCAAGAGAGAUUUUGCGAGGCCUCAGCUACUUGCAUAGUAAUAAGGUAAUACACCGUGACAUAAAAGGUCAAAACGUUCUGUUAACUGACAACGCUGAGGUCAAGCUCGUCGACUUUGGGGUAAGCGCCCAACUUGACCGAACUAUUGGGCGCAGGAACACAUUCAUUGGAACACCAUACUGGAUGGCACCUGAAGUAAUAGCCUGUGAUGAAAAUCCCGAGGCGACCUAUGAUAAUAGAAGUGAUCUCUGGUCUCUAGGUAUUACUGCCUUGGAGAUGGCUGAGUCACAACCUCCUCUUUGUGAUCUACACCCCAUGCGAGCACUAUUCUUGAUUCCGCGAAAUCCACCACCUCGGCUUAAAUCAAAAAAAUGGGCCAAGAAAUUCCAGAAUUUUAUUGAGACCGUUCUUGUAAAGGAUUACCACCAGCGCCCUUACACCGAGCAACUACUGAAACACGCAUUCAUACGUGACCAGCCAACUGAGCGCCAAGUGCGGAUCCAGCUCAAGGAUCAUAUCGAUCGUUGUAAAAAACGCAAGCAAGAGAAAGAGCGGGACGACUACCGCUACAGUGGUAGCGAGAACGAGGACGAUGAAGUGGCAGUCGCAGGUGAGCCCUCUUCCAUUAUCCAGGUGCCUGGCGGCGAUACUUUGCGCCGCAAUUUUCAGCAGAUUCAAGAAGGUCGUACGCUCUCUCAAGAAAUACCAGGUCAACAGCAACAGCAGGCACAAACUCAUGCUUCUACUGCUACUGUUGCUGUCUGCGCUUCAGCCAAGGAUAUAUCCAAGCAGUCAGCUCAGUUGCCGGGUCGCAUGAAGGAUCCUCCAGAGACUAUGAUCCAACAACUAUUGCCACUACCGCAUGUUCGGCCUUCAGUGCCGCAUCGGCUAAUUGUCGUACCAGAUCCACACCCACCAUCGCGACCGCUGCCACCGACGCCUAAAGAUGACCUGCGGCAGGUGCACAAAGCACUUACACCAUCCUCGAACCUUCCUGCAGUCGAGCGGGCCAUGGCUUCUGGUGGCUCUGUCAGCGUGCCUGUCUCCCAGAGAAACAGUCAUAUAUUUAAACCAAUGGCGCUCAUGAUUGAGAGUGAUAGUGAUGAUGAUAUAGAGGACGUAAGUGGUAAUAGUAAUCGCAAUGAUGGCACGCUUCUGGCUAGUGAUCCGCCCAAGCCACUGCCACAUCUUGAAUCCUCGUCUUCAUCAUCAUCAUCGGGUGGAAGCGUGGGUGGAGGUCCACUUCAACAGCUGGUGAUAGCCCAGCAGGGUCAUAACUCAUACCACGAGGCUGGGGCACCGAAUCGCCCACUUCCACCAACGCCCGAUGAAGAAGAGCUGGGAGAACAUACUUUAGUAAUGAAGCGCCGUGAGGCUAGUGAACGCGGCCGAGGCGGGGUGACUGGCACAACAAGUGGUGACUUCCAACGAUUGGACUCACCAGGCUCCCGAACCAGCUCAGUAUUACCGGAUUUAUUAACCUCGUCACCAGGUCAACGCCAGGACAAGUCAAUCAGCGAUGAAUAUCGUCAGGCAGUCAAAUCUCCACCUCUUGCGCUCCAACAGAAGCAGCGCUCUUUUUUAACAUUUGGCUUUGGUGCUGGACCAGCCCGCCGUGAGUCACAUGUUAAUGUUAAUGUUACGCCCACAAGCCAUGACCUCAGCUCAGAUACACCUGAGAUACGUAAGUACAAGAAACGUUUUAACAGUGAGAUUCUUUGUGCAGCCCUUUGGGGGGUAAACCUACUCAUUGGCACUGAAAAUGGCUUGAUGCUACUUGAUCGCAGCGGUCAAGGCAAAGUGUACCAAUUAAUAAGUCGACGCAGAUUUCAGCAAAUGGAGGUGCUUGAAGGACAAAAUAUUCUUGUUACUGUUAGUGGAAAGAAAAAUCGCGUGCGUGUCUAUUACCUUUCUUGGCUAAAAAGCAAAAUUCUUCGCACUGAUGGUCAUAGUGAGCAGGUUGAACGACGUAACGGCUGGAUAAAUGUGGGAGAUCUCCAGGGUGCUGUGCACUUCAAAAUCGUUAAGUACGAGCGUAUUAAGUUUCUUGUGAUUGCUCUAAAAGAGUCUAUAGAAAUUUAUGCAUGGGCGCCCAAGCCCUAUCACAAAUUUAUGGCUUUCAAAUCAUUUGGUGAGCUUGCACACCGACCUCUUCUUGUCGAUCUUACUAUUGAAGAAGGUACCCGCCUUAAAGUCAUCUAUGGUAGUACCGAUGGCUUCCACGCCGUCGAUCUUGACUCAGCUACCGUCUACGAUAUCUACAUGCCGAAGCAUACUCAAAGUCCAAUAUGCCCGCAUUGUAUCGUCGCUUUACCCAACAGUAAUGGCAUGCAGCUACUUCUCUGUUAUGACAACGAGGGUGUUUACGUCAAUACCUACGGUCGCGUCUCUAAGACUAUGGUACUACAGUGGGGUGAAAUGCCGACAAGCGUCGCCUACAUUGGCAUUGGACAAAUUAUGGGCUGGGGUAAUAAAGCCAUCGAGAUAAGGAGUGUAGAAAGCGGCCACCUAGAUGGUGUAUUUAUGCAUAAAAAGGCACAGCGACUGAAAUUCCUCUGUGAGCGCAACGACAAAGUAUUUUUUUCGUCAGCUAAGGGUGGCUGUUCAUGUCAGAUUUACUUUAUGACACUAAAUAAGCCUGGCAUGGCGAACUGGUAAUUUACUUCACUUCGCCCUGUCAAUUAUGUUUUAGCCAGUGUUAAACGUCAUUCAAAAGUGGUUAUCCUCGUUGACAGUUACAGCAUCAUAUUAUCAGUCGGAGUGCUCACGAUUUUUUAAUUUUAUUUUUUUAUAUCUUAAGAAGAACAGCUAAUAAAGAGAGGUGAAAUUUUAGAAUCUAAAAUUAUUUGUUUAUUCUGACUUGACUGUGGUUAAAACAGUGAGAAUUAAUACGCACCAUAAUUUUGAUACGAAUCCUGAAAAUCAAAGCACGAAUCGCUGCCAUUCUUAACAAUAUAGAGUGUAAAAUAAUCAUUCGUACAAUCAUAGUAGAAGGGCGUACUAGGUGUUCUAUUACUGGAGCCUUGAUAUGAGUAUUGAUGUUAAAUCAACUUUGAAUCAUUAUUUAAUCAGUGUUCAUUUUGACAUUUAAUUUUAAUAAUCAAUAAAUUUUCAAUAUAACAUUAGUUAAAUGUUGAAAACUUUCAUAUCACAAGACCACAA